AGGCGUUUUCAAGUAUUCGCAUUUAUUCAACGAUACACGCAAACGAAAGGUGAACUUUUAAAAUCCUUCAGCUAUCAAUUAAAAAGACUUGAAGCUUUUUUUUUUCACAAUGAGGCUUUUCAUCAUUUGUACUCUAAUAGCUUAUGUUGCUGGAACACAAUAUCUGAGAGACGUAAUUGGUUGCAAUGUGCAAGAUGAUCCAUUAUAUCCGUCAUGCAGAUCAAAAGUUAUGUGGAUGCAAGCAAACUGGCGAGGAGAUCCAUAUUAUAGAAGAAAUGGAGUUGAUGGUUCAGUGUGUUCAAUAAUAAAAUACUUGAGUCAGGUAGAAAGAUUUUGUCCUUGUGCUGUGCCGAAUAAUUCUUUAUACCCACAUUGCCUAAAUAAAGUUAAAUGGAUGCAAGCGAACUGGCGAUCAGAUCCAUAUUAUAGAAACAAUGGAGUUGAUGGAUCUUUGUGUUCAAUACUUAACUACUUGAGUAAGGUUGAAACAUUUUGCCCGUUAUAAAAUAGAGAUAAGAGAGUGGCGUAUUUUGCAUCAUAGCUACAUCUAAGACAACCAAAUUCUUAUUCUUUGAAUCUUGUAAACUUGAUUUUUUUUUGCUUUAUUUUCUUGAAUAAUACGGAGUUUAUUUUGAGUUUUUAUUUUUAUGGAAAUAUUUUAUUUGAUUUUAAUAUUGUAUUUUUAUCUUGUCAAAAAAAAUUUUUUUCUGCGUUUUAUUUAAUUCUGCUCUUAUUGGAAAAACAUGCAAUUGAGUUGCUGUUA